AGGGAGUGGUUGCACUUGGCCAGUUCCUAGGGUGACAGUAGAGUCGAGUCAAGUUUUUGGCGCCGUUGCCGGGGACGGCUAGGUUGUUGAAGAAAAGUGAUUUCUGCUAAUUUAGCUUUUCUUUUUGCUUUGUUUUCUUUGUCCCACUUGUGCCUUCACGGGUUUGUUGCUUGAGUGUGUGCAGGUAGUGCAUGACCCGUAGCCAGUCGGGAGGUUUACUGCCGUUGAAUCCAGAGAUUGACCGCACCUGUCGCCAGCUCAGGAGACAACAGCGAGCUAGACUGGCUACGGAAGAGCGCAUAGACGGCCACCUGAGCAGCGAUUCUGAAGAAGAGCACGGAAUGGACGGAGACUACAAUCAGCACCAGGGGAAUCCCCCGGUGAAUCAGGUCCUGGGGAACAACCCCAUACCCCAGGAUCAUGGAGCUCAUCAUCCACCGCAGCCGGGUCCCACCCUGGAGUACUACUACACUCCGCGGAUUGCUGACAUCCGCCCGGUCAUCCUCUACCCGCCGAUCCCAGCAAACAACUUUGAGAUCAAGCCAUGCUGGAUUCAGCUCAUCACAUCUUCUAUCCAGUUCCAUGGCUUGAAGAAUGAGGAGGCCAGGGUGCAUCUUUCCCGUUUUCUGCAGCUGACGAACGGGUUCAAGCUGAAUGGUGUCCCGGAUGAUGCAAUCCGCCUUCAUCUCUUCCCCCAUUCUCUGGCGGGGAAUGCUAAGAGGUGGUUGGAGACCCAGCCCCCAUUGUCCAUCACCUCUUGGGACGAUCUGGCGGACAAGUUCGUGCACAGGUACUAUCCGGCAUCGAAGACUACAGAGAUUCAGCGGGAGAUCACUCACUUCCGCCAGGAGCCAGAUGAGUCACUCCGUGAUGCUUGGGAACGGUACAUGGGCUACUUCUGGCAGUGCCCCCACCAUGGCUUUAGUGAUGCUUUCACUGUGGGGAACUUCUACAGCGCUCUCUCCCCAGAUAGCCAGAGGGUGAUUGAGUCUUUAUGCCCAGGAGGGGAUAUUCUCACCAAGACUCCACCCGAGCUGAAUCAGAUGAUUAAUACAUUGGCUGCCAGAGAUCAUUCUUGGGGGCAGAGCAGCAGAGGCAGACAUUCCAGGGAUCGUGGUGUGCACGCCAUGGAGUCCAGAUCCGGACUCGAGCAGCAGGUAGCUGAACUGGUGCAGACAUUGAAGCAGCCCAACAGUCUUCUUCCGGGCAGAGGUAUGGCUACACCUCCAGUUGCUCAGUGUCAGUGGUGUGAGAGCUCGAGCCACUUAGUAGAAGACUGCCAGGCUAUGAGGGAGUCUACUACUCCCCAGGAGCAGUUGGACUUCAUCGCCAAUGCUCGGCGCCUCGACCCGUACAGCAACACCUAUAAUGAGGGGUGGCGCCAGCAUCCCAACUUCUCUUGGGGCAGUAACACCACCAAGCCACCUGGUUUCCCAGCACCAGCUGGUGGCUUUCAGCAGAGGCAACCCUAUCAGCCUAGACAGGGUCCAGUUCCUCAGCAGCAGCCCUACCAGCCUAGGCAAGGGCAACCAUUCCAGCAGCCCCAGCGCCAGUUUGCCGAGCCAGCAGCAGCUCCAGCUCCAGAUACUCAGAUGACGAAGCUGGAAAAUAUUCUAGCUUCAUUCAUGACGAGCACUCAGGCGACUAUCACGAGGUUGGAUCAGAGUGUAGCCUCACUGGAGGCAGGUCAGAGGAACCAGGGUGCCAUUUUGCAGGAUUUGCAGACCCAGGUGGGCAUCCUGGCCCGCCAGAACACCACCAGGGCACCUGGGACUUUGCCUGCCACCACUGUCCCGAAUCCUCGGGAUCCUCACCAGCUCCAGCAGCUUGAUGCCAUCACUACCAGGAGUGGCAAGACCACAUCAGCUGCUCCUGCCCAGCCCAGUCGAGAUGAUCCACUACCCGCUUCAACACUUCCAGCUGAUACUGCAGACGUGGGGGAAGACACAACAACGCCUGCUCCCAAGCCACAGCCAGUGGUUAAGGAGCAUGUACCUCAGCUUCCUUUCCCCACUCGCCUGCAUAAAGACAGGCUGGAGACUGAGUUUGCCAAGUUCAUGGCAAUGUUGAAGCAGGUCAACAUCAGCAUGCCGUUCGUGGAGGCACUGUCGAAGAUGCCCAAGUAUGCCAAGUUCAUGAAGGACCUCCUCACCAACAAGAAGAAACUUGGGGAUCUUUCGACAGUGAUGCUGAGCGAGGAGUGUUCUGCCAUCCUGCAGAACAAGCUGCCUGAGAAGCGAAAAGACCCAGGGAGUUUCACUAUCCCUCUCAUUAUUGGCAGCAUGCAUGUAGGGAAGUCCUUGGCGGACCUAGGCGCUAGCAUCAAUGUCAUGCCUUAUAAAUUGUUUAAGAAGCUAGGCCUAGGUGAACCUAGAACUACUAGGAUGAGCAUUCAGUUAGCUGAUCGUUCUAUCGUGCAUCCUAGGGGUAUCAUUGAGGACUUGCUUGUUAAUGUAGGUACAUUCACAUAUCCUGUGGACUUUGUUAUUUUGGAUAUAAAUGAGGAUGUGGAUGUACCUUUGAUUUUAGGUAGACCGUUUCUCGCCACCGCCAAGGCGCUUAUUGAUGUGCAUAGUGGUAAAUUGAUUCUGCGUGCUGGUGAUGAACAGGCUACUUUUUCUGUGUCUGAGAAUGGGAAACACCCUCAUUUGCAUGAUGACAUAGAUUACUGUGAUAUGCUUGCUGAUUAUGAGACCGCACUCGCCAUCACGAGUGCGGGUACUGACGAUGUUCUUGAGCGUUGUAUUUUGCUAGGUGAGCAGGCAUCGCAGGAGCCGCAGCUGGCGGAUCAGUUGGCCGAGUUGGAGAGUGGCCCCUUCUUGGAGGGCGACAGACUGUUUAAACCGAUCUCAUCCUCCACCCGCAUCGCUACUUCCUUGGAGGAACCACCAGAGCUGGAGCUUAAGCCCCUCCCUCCUCAUUUGGAGUAUGCAUUUCUCCGGGAGGGGAAUAAGCUGCCAGUCAUCAUCAGCUCGACCCUCACACCCGAGCAGAAGACCAGACUGGUGGCCUUGCUGAAGCGGUACGAGCGCGCCCUCGCAUGGAAGAUCACAGACAUCCGGGGGAUCAACCCUUCUUUCUGCUCCCACCGGAUACUGAUGGAGGAUGAGAUGCGGCCAGUGAGACUGCCGCAGAGGAGACUGACACCGAACCUGGAGGCUGUGGUUCGGGCAGAGAUCGUGAAGCUACUGGACGCGGGGAUCAUCUUCGCCAUUUCCGACAGCGAGUGGGUCAGUCCCACUCAGGUGGUACCCAAAAAGGGUGGGAUGACCGUGGUGCCUAACGAGAAGAAUGAGCUGAUCCCGAUGCGCACGGUGACUGGGUACCGUGUCUGCAUUGAUUACCGGCGUCUUAACGACGCCACUCGGAAGGACCACUUCCCGCUACCAUUCAUUGAUCAGAUGCUGGAGAGACUGGCGGGGCACGAGUUCUACUGUUUCCUGGAUGGGAUGUCCGGGUACUUCCAGAUCCCUAUUGCACCGGAGGACCAGGCGAAGACCACUUUCACCUGCCCCUUCGGCACCUUUGCAUACCGGAGGAUCCCAUUCGGGCUAUGCAAUGCCCCAGCUACUUUUCAGCGAUGCAUGCUCGCUAUCUUUGACCGUCUGGUCGGCGAGAUCAUGGAGGUGUUUAUGGACGAUUUCUCGGUUUAUGGAGACUCAUUCUCUCACUGUCUCCAUAACCUGGAACUUGUCCUUAAACGGUGUGAAGAAACGAACCUGGCACUGAGUUGGGAGAAGUGUCACUUCAUGGUUCGAGAAGGCAUAGUUCUUGGGCAUAAGAUCUCCAAGAUGGGGAUUGAGGUGGACAGAGCGAAGAUCGAGACUAUCAGCAAACUACCUCCUCCUACAUCUGUGAAGGGGAUCCGGAGUUUUCUUGGUCAUGCAGGUUUCUACAGGCGGUUCAUCAAGGAUUUCUCCAAGAUUGCUCUGCCCCUGACGAAGCUUCUAGAGAAGGAUGCCCCCUUCCAGUUCACUGAUGCAUGCACAGCGGCUUUUAUGACCUUGAAGGAGAAGCUCACACAAGCUCCUAUCAUGGUUGUUCCUGACUGGUCCUUACCAUUUGAGAUUAUGUGCGAUGCCAGUGACUUUGCUGUUGGAGCUGUGUUGGGGCAGAGGCGUGAUCAGCAUUUCCGCCCUAUCUACUACGCCUCGAAGACCUUGAAUGAUGCCCAGGAGAACUACACCACCACGGAGAAAGAGCUGCUCGCGGUGGUGUUUGCCUUCGACAAAUUUCGUCCUUAUCUGGUCUUGUCCCAUGUGAUUGUGUAUACUGAUCACUCCGCGAUUCGAUACUUGAUGAGCAAGGCUGAUGCCAAGCCUAGGCUCAUACGAUGGAUCUUACUGCUGCAGGAGUUUGAUAUUGAGAUUCGGGACAAGAAGGGAGCAGAGAAUGUUGCUGCCGAUCACCUCUCCCGGUUGGACGCACCCCCUGCGGACAACCUCGAGGAGGAGAUCAAUGACUCCUUUCCAGAUGAGAGGCUGAUGAUGAUGUGCCUGGUGGAGAGUGUCACCCCCUGGUAUUCUGAUUUUGCGAAUUACCUUGUGGGCCAGCAGCUGCCCAAGGGGAUGACCACUCACGCCAAGAGGAAGUUCUUCUCCGACCUGAAGCACUACUUCUGGGAUGACCCCCAUCUCUUCAGGAUCGGAGCUGACGGGAUCAUCCGUCGAUGUGUUAUGGAGAGUGAGAUGGAGGGCAUUCUAUCUCACUGUCAUGAAGGACCUGCUGGCGGUCACCACGGAGGAAACCGCACGGCGAGGAAGGUGCUCCAGUCGGGCUUCUACUGGCCCACGCUCUUCAAGGACGCAGACGCCUUCGCACGCCGGUGCGACCGAUGCCAGAGGUCAGGUAACAUCUCUGCCCGUGAUGAGAUGCCCCAGAAUGUGUUUAUUACUUGUGAGAUUUUUGAUGUCUGGGGUAUCGACUUCAUGGGCCCCUUCCCUCCAUCCUUUGGCAAUACAUAUAUCCUUGUUGCUGUUGACUACGUCUCUAGGUGGGCUGAGGCGCAAGCUUUGCCCACUAAUGAUGCUAGACGUGUUUGUGUUUUUUUGAAGCAGCUAUUCUCCCGGUUCGGGACACCUAGAGCCAUCAUAAGCGACCGUGGCACCCAUUUCCAGGGUCAGUUCGAUAAAUUGUUGUCUCGCUAUGGUGUGACUCAUAAGGUGUCCGUGGCCUAUCAUCCUCAAACCAGUGGCCAGGCCGAGCUGACGAACCGGGAGCUCAAACGGAUCUUGGAGAAGACGGUGAACCUAUCCCGCAAAGAUUGGUCCACCAAGCUCAAUGAUGCUCUGUGGGCAUAUCGCACUGCCUACAAGACGCCCAUUGGUACCUCACCGUACCGGCUUGUCUAUGGAAAGGCAUGCCAUUUGCCCGUGGAGCUAGAGCACAAGGCCUUCUGGGCCCUUAAGCUGCUAAACUUGGAUGUCAGUGUUGCAGGUGAUGAGCGAAAAAUGCAGAUGUUGGAGCUGGAAGAGUGGCGUUAUCACGCCUAUGAGAACACCAAGCUGUACAAGGAGCGCACGAAGCGCCUCCACGAUGCACGGUUGCGGGGUCCGAAAGAGUUCCAGGUUGGUGAUCGAGUUCUCCUUUAUAACUCUCGCCUGAAACUCUUUCCUGGAAAACUCCGUUCCCGGUGGUCUGGACCGUACACGGUCACGCAGGUGUUCCCGUAUGGCACGAUCGAGGUUGCUAACCCGCAAACUGAGCCGUUUAAAGUGAAUGGCCAUCGUCUCAAGCUCUACCUGGGAGAUGAGGUCGAACGUGCGGAGUUAGCAGUGGAGCUCGCGGACCCUUAGUUCCGCAAUUGGCGUCCAGCUAAUACGACGGUAAAGAAGCGCUUGUGGGGAGGCAACCCCACCUCGGUUUGAUUUUCUUUCUUGUGUUUUGCGUCGGAUUGUAACCCGGUUUGGGUUUGGUUUGUUUUCUUUUGGUUUGGAUGAUAUUUUAUUGGGCUGACCAUUGAACCUAACAUACUGUGCUUGAGCUCUUCUGUUCCCCUUUGGCUGUGCUUGCUCCGACUGGCCCGUUUCCAGUCCCCUGCAGUCCGUGCAUACCGGUAACAUCGUUCCCUUAUCCUUCCCUCUUCUCCAUUGAGGGCAAUGUCGAGCUUAAGUGUGGGGGGAUGUUUAUCUUUUGACUGCAUUAGAUCUGUUUGUGUGCUUGGAGCCUAGUCCACUGUCCAAAUUUUUAAAUUUGAGGGCUCCAAGUACGUGUUUCCAUGCAAUUUCCUGCUCAGUAUGCUUUGAAUUGACAGUCUUUAUAGUAAUGUGCAACCUAGGGAGGUAGUGUAGCACUAUGGAGGAUGUUGAUGCAUUUAAGAAGUCUCAUUUCUUCUUCAUAUUGUGUUGGUUGAUUGAGUGAAUUAGUGAUCUUAGGACCCUUUGAAUUGUGUGGUGUUGUGGAUUCUCUGCCUGUCAUGGACUCUUGUGUCAUGUUUUGAAAAUAACAGGUGCUCGAUAAUGUGCUUCAAAAUAAACGUCUCCCGUGCGA